GGACAGAUUUCAUUUUUGCGUAAUACUUUGGCCAUUCAGUAGUCAGUACAAAACCCCGUCGUUUUGCUCACUUUCCCCGAUUUCUCCUCCCUCUCCACCUUGCGCGCAUCGCUUCCCUAGCCUAGAUUUUGUGCGACGGCUGAGAACUCCGCAACGAACGUAUCCACCGGCGACGGCGACGGCGACGCUGGAGACGCCAGGUCUGCGGCGGCGAAUACAGCCACGGCCAGCUACUCGUGACGUCGAAUCGGCGCGACCUCCCCUACUGUAGCCCCCUGCGACAGGCCAAACCUACAUAUUCGAGCCCUCUCCUUGUGGCGGUCGAGACCUACGACGACUGGCCCAGUACCAUCACCAACCAAACACAUCCUUAGAGAUAUCAGAUUUCGAAUCAAUAGGGAUUAAAGAGCAGGGCCAAGAUCAAAAGCCAUCUUCUCACAAUGAAACGCCCUGUAGGUGCUGAUGACUUGGCUGGUUCUUCAUCUUCUAAGUCCUUACAUGCUGCCACUGAUAACAAACCGGUCUUCUUGACUAAAGCCCAACGCGAGCAAUUAGCUCUUCAACGACGCCAAGAAGAAAUUUCCCUCCAAAGGAACCGCCAAGACCAACUUCUCUCCAACUCUCAGAAACCUUCAUCUGAUUCUGUUGAUAACCACAAACCUUCUGACUUUGAUCGUCGCGACCGAGAUCGGGGGCGGGAGCGGGAAAAAGAUCGAGAUCGAGACCGAGAUAGGACUCGUGAUCGGGAAAGAGAUCGUGACCGAGAUUUGGAUAGACGGAAUCGCGAGAAGGAGCGGGAGGAAGAGGCUAAGGCUCGAGAGCGUGCUCGAUUAGAGAAGCUCGCAGAGCGGGAGCGUGAUAAAGAGCUGGAUGCUAUUAAAGAACAGUAUCUUGGCUCCAAGAAGCCUAAGAAACGUGUUAUUAAACCGAGUGAGAAAUUUCGCUUCUCAUUUGAUUGGGAAAACACUGAGGAUACGUCUCGGGACAUGAAUUUGUUGUACCAAAAUCCUCAUGAGGCUCAACUCUUGUUCGGACGAGGGUUCCGUGCUGGCAUGGACAGACGAGAGCAGAAGAAGCUCGCGGCUAAGAAUGAGAAGGAAAUGAGGGAGGAGAUACGGAAGAAAGACGGUGUGGAGGAAAAGCCCGAGGAGGCUGCAGCUCAAAAACUUAAGGAAAAAGCUGCUGAUUUGUAUGACUCGUUUGAUAUGAGGGUUGAUCGGCAUUGGAGUGAAAAGAAGCUAGAGGAGAUGACUGAGAGGGAUUGGAGGAUUUUCAGAGAGGACUUCAAUAUAUCCUACAAGGGAUCCAAGAUCCCUCGCCCCAUGAGGAGUUGGACUGAGAGUAAGUUGACAACAGAACUUCUCAAGGCAGUAGAAAGGGCCGGGUAUAAGACGCCCUCUCCCAUUCAGAUGGCUGCCAUUCCGUUGGGUUUACAACAGCGUGAUGUUAUUGGGAUUGCCGAGACUGGCUCGGGUAAGACUGCUGCCUUUGUUCUUCCCAUGCUUGCUUAUAUUACGAGGUUGCCUCCCAUCAACGAAGAGAAUGAGGCGGAAGGGCCUUAUGCGGUAGUGAUGGCGCCCACUCGUGAACUUGCUCAGCAGAUCGAGGAUGAGACUGUGAAGUUCUCUCACUAUUUGGGUAUAAAAGUGGUUUCAAUUGUUGGAGGUCAAUCAAUCGAGGAACAGGGAUUUAAGAUCAGGCAAGGUUGUGAGGUUGUCAUAGCCACUCCAGGUCGAUUGUUGGAUUGUUUGGAGAGGCGUUAUGCGGUACUUAAUCAAUGCAAUUAUGUUGUUCUAGAUGAAGCGGAUAGGAUGAUAGAUAUGGGAUUCGAACCUCAAGUUAUGGGUGUUUUAGAUGCAAUGCCGUCCAGUAAUCUUAAACCUGAAAAUGAGGAUGAGGAACUUGAUGAGAAGAAAAUAUACCGAACAACAUACAUGUUUAGUGCUACCAUGCCACCAGCUGUUGAGAGGCUUGCUAGAAAGUAUUUAAGAAAUCCUGUUGUUGUUACCAUUGGAACUGCUGGGAAGGCAACUGACCUAAUAUCUCAGCAUGUUAUUAUGAUGAAGGAGUCAGAGAAAUUUUAUAGAUUGCAGAAUUUACUUGAUAACCUGGGUGACAAAACAGCAAUUGUUUUUGUUAACACCAAGAAGAAUGCUGAUAAUGUUGCCAAGAAUUUGGACAAGGCAGGGUAUCGUGUUACAACUUUGCAUGGUGGGAAGUCACAAGAGCAAAGGGAAAUUAGUCUUGAAGGGUUUAGGACAAAGAGAUAUAAUGUCCUUGUUGCCACAGAUGUUGCAGGUCGUGGGAUAGAUAUUCCUGAUGUUGCUCAUGUCAUAAAUUAUGAUAUGCCGAGUAAUAUUGAAAUGUAUACACAUCGUAUUGGACGUACUGGCCGUGCAGGGAAAACAGGUGUGGCCACAACGUUCUUGACCUUACAGGAUUCUGAAGUCUUUUAUGAUCUCAAGCAAAUGCUUAUCCAAAGCAAUAGUCCUGUGCCUCCUGAAUUGGCAAGGCAUGAAGCAUCUAAGUUCAAGCCUGGGAGUAUUCCUGAUAGGCCUCCUAGGCGUAAUGAAACUCUUUUUGCACAUUGAGAAGUGUGUUUUUGAAGACGACAUGUAUACUAGUACCCAGUUUUGGAAUGCUAAAUUAGGUUAGCAGCUACGAUUUUCAUUUCAUCUAUGAAUUUAUGAUUGAUGAAGACGUUUCUUGUUACCAUCUUUAUUGAGAAUGUUACAUCUGACCUAUAGUCUCUCUUCUGGCUGUAUAUUUAGGAGCAACUGUAAUGGUUAGCAUUCCGAAUGUUGGUUGAGUUUUUUUCCUUUUUGUUUUCGUUUUUGCGAUAUCCAUGAGGAGUCGAAGCUUGUGCUACUUGUCUACA